UAUCAUCGUAAGAUGUUGAGGUCUCAUGAAGAUACAGUUCGUUCUAAUGAGCCUAAUAUCGCUACGCACGAUGAUGACACACAUUGCUGUGAUGAAACCAUAUUCAACAUUCGUGUCUACAACAGGAGAGGACAUUUUCUUCAAUAGAUGAUGCACAAGUGGAGUAGAACGGUUACACUGACAGUUGGAGUAGGUCAUUUGUGGGUCUUAGGAAAGCCCACCUGGCUGGUGUCGAGGAACAUCGUCUUCGUCAUGUUCAUGGUGCCCUCCUGGCACAAAAAAAUAACGCUUCAAUGAGGACAACAACUACUACCACGCGGAGGACUCGUCGUUCUGAUGUUUUGAUAGAACAGAAGCUGCAGCCCGACGAAAGAAGUCGUGAGGAGCGGCUCAGAAGUGUGGGCGUUAGCGCCGCUGAGGAUGAUGAGGAAUUUUACGGGUAGUUUGUCACUUCUAUCCCACGCGGGCUAUGCACCUGAGCAGUGGGUUCCCUUUAUUUCAGGUCAAACUGUGGACGGGGAGUCAAACCCUAUCCUAUCCUAUUUCAUGAUGUCGAGGGGACGAUUUCAAGGGAGAGAAAGGGAAACCACUCAAGGACCACGGAUAGAGAAAAACUAGCGUUAAGAAUUACAAAGUACGGAAGUUGCACCAGAGGAGGAGGAGCAAAAGCAAAAGCAAAUGGAAACAAGACCUCUAUCCAAGUUGGAACAACAUUUUUAUCGGAGACUUGGCAGAAACGUUACAACAGCUACACUUCCAAAACCAAGUCCAAGUCGUGACGUCGUUUCUGGCUCUUCGGGAAUAACAACUGGUAGAUUUCAUCAGGAUGCGUUAUCUACCUCAGAACAAGCAAGACCUGAUCAUCAUGAUGAAGAAGACGGCGAAUCCUCCGAAGAGGACGUAGUAGGAGAUCAAAUGGACGACUCCUCUGGUGUUCCUAUUGGAAGGGUAGCGGAAAAUGCAGAUGUUGAUCAUGGUAGUGGGAGUGGCUCACGACCCGAUAUUAAAAAUGAGGUCUACGACGAUCUACCUUUUGUCACGCCAGACCAUGUGCCUGGCCCUGGAAGAUAUGCCCCACCUGAACCAUCACGAGAAGAUGAGGAGCAUGAUGACGAAGAAGAAGAAUCCUCAUCCGCUUCUCCGUCGCCUUCCCACUCACCAAAUAGAAGGAAUAUUGGUGAGGCUCCUGCAACUCUUGGAGGAACAAAAAGGCCGUUUGCUGCAUCCAUGUUUGGUCAAGGAGCGUUUCUCUUCGUGGGUGAACAAGUUAUGCGACGCAAACGACGGCUUAGUUUAAGGCUACCGCUCAAGCAUCCUCAGCAUCAUCGUUGGCCCUUUCUCUACUUGAAAAAGGGACCAAGGAUGCACUCAGGGAGGCUAUUAAGGCGGUAGCUCUAAUGAAUAGUCUCGUAGCAGACAACUGGGAGAUGGUGCAAAGUAUGGUGGACAACGGCGCAACCGAAAGGGAAAUCGAAAAACAUUUGAGACGUAUUUAUUUCCUUUGACAUUGAGUGUUGCCUUGGUGGAACGAAAAAUGUGCAUGUAGGUAUUAGUAUUUAUAGGGUAAGCAACUUUUCUCGAAGUGAUGAAAUCCUUAAGAAUCUUCCUUAAGUGCCUUCCUUAAGGGAAUUGAUUCCCUUAAAGGAUUUCUAUCACAAAAAGCCUACCGAAGUAAGUUGUGAACUUUUAGCGCGCUGCUGCCACAAAUUUAUAAUAUAAAUAUCCUCUUCAUCCACUUGUUACUUAGCUGGAGUGGAAGUAGAUCUAGAAGAUCGAGCCUACAUCUAGAAGAUCCUGAACUGCCAUAUUUAUAUGGCAUAGUUAAGAAAUUAUUUUGCUUUUACUUAGUUAAAAACUUCCUUGCCUUGGUUUUAUUAAGAGGUUAAGCAGCUGCGAGCUAGAGUGGUCCGCAGUUGGGUCGGGAAGCAGGUCGGAAGGACCUGCGGACUCGCGAUCGAGCGCAGUUGCGAUGUCCUCCGGCGGCCACCUUCAGCCCUUUCCAAAAAGGGUCCCAUUUCGGCACCCCAAAUGACCCCCCUCCAAAAAAAACUUUUUAAGAAAAUGGCUCGUUGGGUGGAACUGGUCAAACCUAGAAGGUCUCGAAGAUCCUGAACUGCCAUCUUCAACCUCAGGGCGAGAGCAGGAGCAGCUGUCUGAACCUGACGAGGUGGCCAAACAAAUAGAGGCCGCGACGAAACAGAACACGAAGGCCAAUGGUAGAAUCUCGCUACUAUUAAGGUUCUAAUAUUUACCAAUUACUAUUACUACAUCCUCCACGACCAGCACAACGAAACAUUCGUUCCUCACUCUUAUUUUUCCAGUUGUAGAAUGGAAAUAGGAGAAGGUAAGGGAUGAAAAAAAUGUUCUGAAGUAGAAGAAUUAGAAUGUAAGAGCAACAGGAAUGCUUGCAGCUUAUGCUGCAACGGCAACCUCUAAAACGAGGCGAGGGAAGAUGUUUUAAAGAAUGUAAUUCUUGUAUGCUUCUGGUAUUUAUUGGUAACCUGAAAUCGAAGAUCACAACAGGGAUUCUCUUCUUGUUUUCCUUAUGAUCCAAAUCAGGUUACCAAAUGCCUGAGCCAUUCAGUAAUACCUAUACUGCAGCCUCCUCUAAUACUAACUGAAGAAGCCGCAGCAUCUGGGCCACCUAGAAAGAGCAGGCGAAACCGUUCGAAACAGAACCACAGUACUGCCACGUCAAAUGGGGAUCAAGCAACUGCAAUGGCGCUGCUACCCAAUGAUCCACAUUUAAGGCAUUGAUUUGCUGUUUCCUAAUUCGUUUUUUUUUGAGACUGAGAGAGAGUCAUCACAUCCCGCAAUUUUAACUUUUAUCAAGACGAUUUUUUGAAUGAAAGAUAGUGCCGGCCGCGGUUAAUUAGUUUUAGCAGAUUAUAGGAGAGUACUUGAGGAUAAUUACUCUUUUCGCUUUUCUAUCUUCCUCUGGUCUUUCUUUUUCCAUUUCGAAGGAAAACUUCGACGCGCUCUAAGAAAACAGAACGCGAGCAAAAACAAGCUUCAAGAUCAGCAUGGUGCCUUUAUUAUCAACAAGAGCCCUACAGCUGCGUCUUCGAAGAAUGCAGCAGGUAGAACGUCUCCGCUUAAUAUUACGGCCUCGUCACUUAAUCCAGCUUUUACCGGUGCAUCUGGAUCUGCAAGCUGUUUUCAAGUAGAAAAACAGAAACGGUAAGGGAUGAGGGAAACGAUGGACAGGAGUGAGCUCUAAUAAUGUGACUGCUGCUGCAAAGACGCAGGGGACAGCGAGAUCCCUGAGCAUGGGCACCGCAGCUUCAACAUCGACGAUCCAUGAGCGUCGAUCAGUCCAAGAAGGUGGAAGUUUAAAUAUUGUUGGUGGGGUAGGAGCAAGUAGUCCAUCUACAUUAACGGGUUCUUCGGGAGGACGAUUGGGGCCACCUGCACCCGGUGAACACGUCGGAUCCCUACUUUUGCAACACGAACAGCGAGGGUCGUCUGCGCUUCUACAAUUAAGGUUGUUCUGACGAUUCUUUAGAACAAAUCUGACAUUUGCAUUCUUAGAAUAGAAAUAGUCUCCUACAACUACAAGAACUUCAUCUAUUAUACUAAAAUCAUGUGCUGAUCAUCCACCACAACCUCUUACUAGACUUAGUAGAAAGCAAUGUUUAUGUUGUCGGAACCGCGGAAGCUCUAAUACAUCAGCAUCCUCCUGGAGGAGCAGGAGGGCCGGAUCGAGCAUCCUUCCUAGCCGCGAUGACAGCUCCUUCGCGAUUCUCUUCUUCUUCACAGUUAAGGGGCAAUUUGACGGUGACCUCUCUAACAAAAGUGCGUGUAUCAAUGAAUGUAUUGAAGCUACUUUGUUCCCAGUACAGGAAAGUCACAGAUCACGACAAUGCCAUAGACCAUAGUAGAAAAGAGGCGUAGAUCAUCAGGUCGGGACGACGGACAUGGGAGAAUUGACAAGAACAUAAGUUGAUAACUACAUCCAUAGCCAACUAAGUAGUUGCCCUAGUCAGUGCAGCUAAAUUUAAAAUGGUAUCAACUUAUGUUCUUGCCCUAGUAGUACUACUUGCAGCUAGCCCUAAGUUGUCCAGGCAGCAUAGCGGCGCAACAACAUCGGGGACCGAACAACAACGGUAUUGUCGAUCCUGGAGUUCCUCCACCAAGACUAAGUAGCGGCCCAGGUGCAACGGCUUUUUCACUAUCACAAGUCGGCAGAAUGUUACGGCUUGUUUUUCAAUAUUCCAUGACCAUGAUAAGAAUUUUGUACCGUGACGAAGUAUAGAAGCUUUUCAAUAUCCCAUGAACAGGACAGUGAUAAGAAUUUUUUACCCCCUUUAAAUCAGAGGCGUGCUGCAAAUCUUGACUGGCUUCUACCUUUUUAUGUAAGGUAGAGGCUUACAGGCCGAGCGACGCUCGAAGAAUUUAAAGUAAAACAGCCGGUUAGUUUUCCCUCUAAUAUUCUUGUUAGGUGUAAGUGUAUCCCUUCAUGCUACUUAUAUCCCAUGACCGUGUGGACUAAUUCUAAUGUGCUGAGUAGAGUCCCCUUCAUGCUAUAUCCCAUGACCGUGUGGACUAAUUCUAAUGUGCUGAGUAGAUGUAGAGUCCUCUCCUCCUUUGAUUCCUGCGCUAAUAUUACCAGCAGCGCCAGGAGGCGGAGUUGAAAUCAGAAUCUCUGGUAACGUUGACAAUUACAAUAGCGGACCAAAUGGAGGCUCUGGCGCGAGCGCUCCGAAUAUAUCAAGAAGACAAAGCAGUCUUAGUUUAAGGCUUCAUCUACAAGAAAUCCACCUUUUUCCCCAGCAUUUAUAAUCAAUGUUCGUCUCGUUUUUCAAGGGAAAAGGGGGGGAGGAAUGCUUUUGAAGAUGGAUGAAGUGGAUUUCUCUUAGAAGUUCUAAUUAGUAUGAACGACAGCAAGAGCAACCUUUUCAACCAGGUUCGCGGGCUGGAUCAAAGGAUUCAGAACGAUAACAUCGAGAACAAAACGAGUUUCUUUUUGGAGUCCGCGAGACGUGAAAUGCACGCUGCUGCUUCUGCUGGAAGCAUGAAGCCUCCUAGAGGAUUACGGCUUCCAGGAAUCCAUCUUCUUCAGAAGCAUCUUGUUGAGGCCCGACUUUUUAAGGGAAAAAGAGACCCGCAAGAUGUGAUUUUCUUCAGGAUGGAGGCCAGGAAGAUCUAAGAAGUAGACGUGAAGGGGAAGUUUCUAUGCAUGUGAAGGAGAAGUUUGACAUAUGCGAUGAUCAGAACGAUCAUCUUCAGAUGAAUGUUGAUACUCCACAAAAUUUUCAGAACAACAACAACAACGCAAGAAGCUCUUCUAUUAAGGCUCCUUGAGGACGAAAUCUUAAUCCAUCUCGUCAACAGUCAUCCUAAUCCAUCCCGUCUCACUUUCUGGGGAAACGGAAACGGGUACGGAGAUGAUGCCCACCAAGAUGGAUUUUUGCCCUGCAAGUUGAACUUAGUUCUAGCUGUGCGUUCUAACUCGAGCACUGCAUCUAUGCAGCUGAGUGCUCUAGAUGCAUUCCUAGAAGGAGGUGCUGGAAAAGGUCCCUCUGGUGCUACUGCGAAAAACAACACGGACCGUGCGAAAAGGCGCUUUAGUUCUUACUUACUCGACAACUGGGAGGAGGUUCAAAACAUGUUACAUGCUUUAUGGCAUCUUGAUGUUCAAGGAGUUGCUAGUAUAAUUGUAUAACUUGUUGUAGUUGUAAAAAGAAGUAUGUUCUUGUACUUCUACAGAAGUGUCGUUUCUGCAGUCGUGACUGAUGUGUCAGGAGCAAGACAAGGAGAAGUUCGCCUAUCUUGUCUUCAGUCACUUCCUCCUCUUCUAACAAGCGGUGAAACUCUGGAAGGCAUAGAGGCUCGCUUGAAUCAGAUGGCAGCGGAAGAUGGCACAUCGCUGCCUGAAGAAGGACUUAGUCUGGAGAUAGAAGACCCGCUGCCGCGACACGACGAUAGUAGGGAAGAGGAUCCUAUGUUGAGAGAGGAAAGAGAUGAAACGCAGGAAGAACGAGCAGCGUCACGAAAAAUGAUGCUUGACGCUGGCUUGAAUCCGAAGUUGGAACUCAACACGAUCAACAAGAAUUUUGGUAGGAGUGGACCCUCCACCAGCACAUCAAGUAGAACUUCUAUGAUGUCGACCUCUUCAGCCACUAGAGGAAGUACAAGGAGUCCUCGUGGAGGCAGUCAAGCUUCAUCCGCUUCUCAGCGAGAAAGAAGUAGUAGGAGGGCUGCAAGGGGGCAUGAGGGUGAAGCAGAAAAGCACCUGGUCCAUGUAGAAGGCGAAGACGAUGAAGAUGUUGACGAGGAAGUUGAGAUCCAGUUUCGCAAUGACCUGGCAGAAGUGGAACGGCGGGAGGACGAAUACAUUCCUAGAAAUAGGGAAAUAGAGGUGAUGCACAAAGAACAACUCGGUGAUGGUGCUGAACAUUUCGAUGAGGUUCCACUGGAGGACGUCGCACAGGAGGGUCAUGAGCUUGAGCAGGACAACAUGAUCGACAAAAUUGCAACGUCGGCAAGUACAACCUCUUCUAGACCUUCUUCGUCUAGUACGAGUAAAAAAAGCACCACAUCAACUACUAGUAGAGCAAGUACUAGUACUAGUACUAGAACAAACAAUAGAAGUAGCGCGAGCUCCUCAACAUCUAAAUCUAGAACAUCUAAGUCUAGUAGAGAAGUUGAUGUUCUUGUUCCUGGGGAGGAUGAGCCUCCACCGCCUCCGCCAGUCGAUGAUGGCAAAAUACAAUCAGUUGUGAACAUUUCUAAACUAGUGAAAGAAGAGCUUGGGGAACAACUACUCCUAGCUGCAGAGGAGAAGUUUAAGGCGACGUUUCGGAAAAGUGCAGAUGAACAAGCAGAAGCACAAGCUCAACAGAAGAUGAGUACGCAAGAUGAAAACGAUAAUCAGUUAAGGCUCAAAUACUUAUACAAUUCAUUUCUACGUCGAGCCGUUUCCCCCUAUUUCCUCCUUAGGAUCAUUCAUUGGGAGAAAUGUACGCAAGAAGUGAAUUGUUUCAGCUCUAAAUCAGGACGAUGAUGACGAAGAAGAAGAGGAAGAUCAUUCUGACUCAGCACCUGAUCAAGGUGGUCUUGAUGAUGAGGUUGAGAAACUGAAAAAUCGUCUCCGGCAGAGCACAGAUGACAUGAUUGACCUUCCGCGCGAUGUAGUGGUCGAUAUCAGCAAAGGUAUAAUCAGUAAGGAGACUGCUUUGCUCCCUAUGGACGCACUGCGAGAAAUUGUGGAUGAAGAGAAGGGAACGAGAACAAGAACCUCCGUAGAACAAGAGGAACAAGCUACAACUUCGUCAUCCUCAUCUUCUACAUCCAAUAGAGAUCGAAUUCGAAAGUCAUCAUCUUCUCGCAAAACAUCUGCGAAGAAGUCUUCGAGAUUUACCAACCUCUCCCCUAGACUCAAUGCCGAAGGGGAUGCUGACGUUUUACCGAGGUUUGGAGGUACAAGUACAACUAGAACAAGUAGAGGUGGUUCUUCACCGACUGCAGAAGCUGCCCACUUAUUGACACAAGACGUGACAGCGAAUAUACUCUUAAGGGUUGAAGAUCUAUUUCAUUUCUACAAAUAACAUGCUUCUCUCAUUCUCCCUGAGCCAUAGCUACAUCACUGCUAUCCAAAAGUUUCCUCCUGACGAGCAUCGACGCUAUCCAAAAGAAAUGAAAUCAUGUUUCAACAACUUUUAACACCCACGGAAAAUGGUGGAGCAGAUGGAACACGAAGAAGAUUCAGCUCUUUGGUCGUUGAUAACUGGUACGAAGUCCAGGCGAUGUUAAAAGAAGGAAAGACGGCUGAGGAAAUCGAAGAGCACUUGAACGAAUCCGGAAACACGAAUACAACAUCAGCUGACGUCACUACCUCCCCGACGAUGAGCAACACCAAUGCUGGAAAUGAAUUACGUGUGUCUUCCCGAAACCGACAAGUACCAUCACCACGGUUUCAAGCAGAAGGUGCAGCACCAAAUCAUGCAGCACCUCCAAAGACGAAUGUAGCCGCGACUGGGCCGCGAGACAAGAAAGCGAAGGCGAGCGGAGGAGACAAGAAAGUAGCUGCGAAGGCGAGCGGAGGAGACAAGAACAAGAGGCGUUACUCAUCUAUGGUUGCCGAUAAUUGGGAUGCAGUGCAGGAAAUCCUAGCAAACGGUGCCGGCGAAAAUGAGGUGUCUGCCUACUUGCAAAAGAUAGAUCCACAAGCUGAAAAGCGUGUUGAUUCCUCGGCAAGAUUGCAUGAUAAGGUACUUGUAGUUGUACUACUUCAUGGUGGUCUACAAUCAAUCUACUUAGUAAAUACUUUCAUCUUUCUCUCUACUAUGCAUCUUGACAAAUAUUUAAUAUAUAAUCAUUGAUUUUUCAUUUUCUACAGGAGGGGAAGCGAGAGGAAAAUCGUCAAUUGAUAAUGUCGGCAAUGGGCGGAGGUGCAUCAAAGGCUCGGCAGGAACUUAGGGCACCGGCUCAAGCCAAGCAACAGCAGCAGCAACAGCCGCAGCAACAGAAAAGUUCGCCACGACAGCAGCAGAAAAGUUCGCCACAACAGCAGAGCCCGCGUCAGCAGGGGACGCCGAAAAACACAAGACAGGAGCCGCAACCACAGAAGCAGAAGCCUCAACAAGCCCCAGACGAAGACGCUCGGAGGCGACGACAAGAAGAUCGGCGAGCUUCUGAUCUUGUGUUUAUAGAUGAGCCUGACGUUCGGGGGCGACGACUAGAAGAUCGGCGAACUUCUGAUCUUGUGUUUAUAGAUGAGCCUGACGUUCGGGGGCGACGACUAGAUGAAGAUCGGCGAACUUCUGAUCUUGUGUUUAUAGAUGAUCCUCCCGAUAG